GAAACCCGGACCGGCGGACAAAAAAAAUAAACAAAAAACACUUUAUUUGCAUGCAACGUGUCAACAUCUUAAGGGCAUUUCAAGUAAAAGGGAGCUAAAGCCAAACAAUCUUACAAAGAACAUGACUUUUCAAGAAAUGCAUCCUAUAUUUGGAAGAGUGGUGGCGGAAUCGUCAGCGCCGCCGCAGCAAACCUCGUCGCGUGUCCCGUUUCUUUAUUACUUGCACCGUAGUGGAGACGACGGCUCGGUGCUCCGAGUCGUCGCCACCGAUUUCCAGUGCAAUACAUUUCAGACCAUUAGGUCUCGCCAACAGCUCGAAGACUUGAAGGAUGAUAUCGGGAUUGGUGGCUCGUGGUCUGAGUUUGUUGACUACAUCACAUCUUCCCUAAAAUCAGGAGAUGUAAAGCUUGUCAUGGAUGGUGUGUCAGAACUCGGAGGUGCUUCUCAGGCAAAAUUAAUUUCCCAAAAAGCAAAAGGAAUGCCACGGAUCUUGUUUUCUCUUCAUAAGCUUGUUGAUGGUGCUGCUAAUGAGGCAAUGGCCAAUCUUUCGCUGGAACUGUACAAUGAAUUCAAGGACGUUCAGAGUUCACUUGCAGAAGAGAAAGGGAGCAAAUAUCACUUGCAAAAAGUUCUAGCUACUGAACAGGAGAAGAACGUUGAUCUCCAGAAGCAAUUGAACAUGACAUUAUAUUCAGGAAAGCACAAGUCACAGAAGAUAAAUGACAGAAAAGACUCAGGUUCUACGUCUGUUGUGAUUUCAGCAGAGUCACCAGACAAGGAAACUGCUUCUGACACAAACUCAAGAAAAAGAACUACCCGUGUUGCACCGACAUACCGCAGGUCUAAAGUAAGAGGAGCUAUUUUAAAUGACACUGAAGAUGAUGCAUAGAAUUUCAAAGGAUCCUGACUACAUGUCUUCGUGUUAUGAAAAUUACUGGCGUCUAUCAUGUUCAUUACAGUGUCAGAAGUUGAUAGCUCUAGAUUUUUUUUCAACUGACGCUCGGUAGUUGGAGAACCGAAUCUAGCAGUGCAUCAGUGGAUUUGUUUCAAAUGUAGGAAAUGGAAAUAUCUCUCAGGCAGCAUCUUCUGAUGUGAAUUGCAACUGCUAGUAAAGGUUCUUGUGACAAUUUGUAUUUUCAUUUGUUACAACUAGAAAUGGAAUUUGAACAAUACGUAAA